AUGCCUCGCAUAAAACAGCCCCAUCAAGAAAGCUGUCGAAGAAGCGAUCGCAUUCGUGGAAAAGCACAGAAGGAAUCAACCAAUAUAGAGAAGCAAGAAUCUUCUUUGCCAUCAAACAAUUGUAUAGAAUCACAAAACAAACCACCAGCCAACAUCUAUGAAAAGCGAAAAGCGCCGGCACCACAGCAUUUAGAAAGACAACCUAAAAAGCCAUGUCGACAGCGGAAUUCUGCUGUUCUGGAACCUGUAAACAUUGAUCAGGAUUGGGCUCGAGCAUUCAUACAGACCGUCAAAGGCUCUUCCAUACACUAUUGGGUACAGAAUAAUCAGUGGCCGAAGAAGCUCUUCAACAGUGUCCUAGGAAACGGGAUUACCAAAGAUGACAUGGAGAUGUGUCAAGGAUUAUUCGAAAGGAAAUGUGAGACUCCCAAAGACACACUAUUGGACAGUGAUGCUUGGUCCCAUAUCUACAAAAGAUUAGCUCGGAAAAACAAAAAGCUGCAAUCACUCGGUUAA